CUGGGCGUCCCGGGGCUGGGCCGGGCUGGGCGAGCCGUGCCGCCCUCCUCUCCUCCCUCCCCGCUUCCUGCCGUGCUCCCUUCCCUCCCUCUCCGCUCGGCAGGUCGGGGCGUGAGGCGGCGCGGAACACGGCGGCCCGGCGCGCUGCCGCUGAGGGCUUUUUGCUUUCCCAAAUCCAGCAAAGGACCGGAGCCAGCAAGAAGACUGGACUGCGUGGAAAAGAAGCUUUUGAAGAGGGCUGAAGGUUUGCAGUGGUGCUGUGGAUUGCUUUGGUAGGGAAAGGAAUUUGCUAAGCCAGAAAGAUGCGUGAAUAUACUGAGAAGAAAGAAACAUGCGGGACUAUCUGUCUCAAGUACCUGCUUUUCAUCUUCAACUUUUUUUUCUGGCUGGCUGGCGGGGCUGUGAUGGCAGUGGGUGCCUGGACCCUGGCUAAGAAGAGUGACUACAUCAGCCUGCUCUCUUCCAGCACAUAUUCAGCAACCGCUUAUAUUCUGGUGGUGGCAGGGGUGGUUGUGAUGGUUACUGGCAUCCUUGGCUGCUGUGCCACCUUCAAGGAGCGUCGGAAUUUGCUAAGAGUGUAUUUCAUAUUGUUGCUGUGCAUCUUUCUCCUGGAGAUCAUUGCUGGAAUCCUGGCCUAUAUCUACUACCAGCAGCUGAGCAUGGAACUGAAGCAAAAUCUGAAGAACACCAUGACUCAGAAGUACCGCAAAGAGGGAGAAGAGAGAGUGACCAGUGCAGUAGACAAACUGCAGCAGGAGUUCAAGUGCUGUGGGAGCAACAACUACACAGACUGGGCUGACAGCUUCUGGAUCAAAUCUCCAGAUGCCAGUGGACGGAAAGUUCCUGACAGCUGCUGUAAGACAAUAACUGACCUGUGUGGCCGAAGGGACCAUCCUUCCAACAUCUACAAGGAGAAUGGUUGCAUUACCAAGCUGGAAAACUUCAUUCAAGAACAUCUGAAAAUUAUUGGCAUAGUUGGGAUCAGCAUUGCUUGUGUGCAGAUCUUCGGGAUGAUUUUCACUUGUUGCUUGUACAGGAGUUUGAAGCAGGAGCCGUAUUAAUGGCUGUGGGAACUCUGUCAGCUCCCCCUCUGCCACUUCCCUCAGUGCCUGCCAACCUCACCACCCUCCACCACCACCACCACAGAAGCAUCUGCAACCUGAGGACUUCGCUCUCAUUAAAUGCCUCUUGAACCGCGCACAACCUUACCUACCCCUUUUGGGGAAAGUCAUCCUCCUCAUUAUGCACAAGGCAGCCAGGAAUUCAGCAGGUCCUCUCCAUUGCCAAGAAACAAGAGAGUUGUGGGUCUUCUGCUAGAAGCUUUAGCAAAACAGUCCCUUGAUGUAACUACAAAGCAACAUUUGUCUAGGGCCAUUUCUCUUGGGGCUCUUCCUGAGCCAACAUGAAGGUAUUGGGAUGCUACACAGGAACCACAGUUUGCUUUCUGAGAAGUGGCUCAGCAGAGCUGGGCAUUGACUGUGAGGACAGAUGAUGUUUCUGCACUGAGCUGGAACCAGAUCUGAGUUUCUCAGACACAGAAGAUUUGUCAGUCUCCCCACAGCCUGUGCACUGAUGUCCUAACACAGCUGUUCUCCACCUGAGAAGAUGCCUGUCUGGUUGUAUGGCGCAGGAGCUGUGCUCUGUGCUGAUCAGGAGCACAACUUGGUACAGCUGAAAUCUUGUCGCGGCUCUGAUGUUGCCGAUAUCUGCGUGCCUUAGUAUUUCUCAGCAAUCCUUCCUCCUCUUCCUUGAAGCUUCCCUGCAACACAGUGCCAUUAGGAGCCACAAGAAGCCUUUUGCCUCCUAGCAAUUCAAGAGCAAAGACAUUGGACUGCUUCCUAAUUCUUUUGGGUCUAGUCUGUUUUAUUUAGUGGCUUCCAGUGCGAAUGAGAAAACUCAAGAGUUGUUUCCUGCCUGUCCCCUGCUGAGGUUUGGUGAAGAGCUGGUCUGUCUGUGGAGCUGAUGUAUCUUGCUACCCUUUGGCCUGUUUGGUUAGUGGAAAUGCCUUAUCACAUCUCUUAUGUGUUGAGAGACACCCUGGGCUUGAUGCUCUAAAUAAAACCUCCAGCCUUGUCUCUCUUGGGUGAGAAACGAAUAUAUACAAAUGUUGUAUCAGCCUCCAAAGAGCUCAUUAAUCAGCUGAGGGUUUUCUGGCUUUAAUGAGAUCUGGAAGCCCACUUUCCAGACUAUCCCAGCAGUAAACAGUAGAGUCAGCUUCCCCCAGUUGCCCCAGUGUAUUUGGUAAAUUGGUAGCGCUGGGUUUAACUGUUUAAUUAAAUAGAUUUAAUUAAAUUUUA